UGUUGUAAAAUAUCAGAGAGAUGAACUUCCUCUUCACAAAGAAAGAAAGAAUCUAGUGCAAAGGAAGUUCCCAACACAACAAUCAUCCUAGUUACAAACAACAACGUAAGACAAUGUCAUCAUCUUCAACCUCAAAAAACCAAAACUCACCACAACUUCGUAAAGACAUAAUCUUCAACCGUUGGGUUAUCUUCUCACCAGCAAGAUCAAAACGACCCUCCGAUUUCAAAUCCAAAUCAUCAUCAUCAUCAUCAUCCAAUCCCACUGGUGUUCGUUGCCCGUUCUGUAUUGGCAACGAACACCAAUGUGCACCCGAGAUAUUUCGGGUGCCAGAUAAUAACCCGAACUGGAAGAUUCGGGUUAUUGAGAAUCUUUAUCCUGCUCUAUCACGCGAACUUGCAGACCCAGUUGAUGAAACUGGGUCUGCAAGUUCGGUGUUGGAUGGGUUUGGAUUUCAUGAUGUUGUUAUUGAAACUCCGGAUCAUGAUGUGGUGUUGUCUGAUUUGGAGAGGGAGGGGAUUGGAGAGGUUUUUGUUGCUUAUUGUGAUAGGAUUCUCGAGCUUGGGAAAAGGAACUCUAUCAAAUAUGUUCAGGUGUUUAAAAACCAUGGUGCUGCAGCUGGUGCAUCAAUGAGUCAUUCUCAUAGUCAAAUGAUUGCCCUGCCCAUUAUUCCACCUAGUGUUUCUGCCCGUCUUGGAAGUAUGAAGGAAUAUUUUGAUCAGACCGGCAAAUGUUCUAUUUGUGAAAUUCAACAGGAGGAUCUAUUGAUUGAUUCAUCGACAUACUUCUUUUCAUUGGUUCCUUAUGCCGCUUCAUUUCCUUUUGAGAUAUGGAUUGUUCCUCGAUAUCACUCUGCUCAUUUCCAUGAGCUGGAUGCGGAAAAGGCAGCUGAUCUUGGAGGUUUGUUGAAACAAAUGCUUAGGAAGAUAUCUUUGCAGUUGAAUGAUCCGCCAUUCAACUUUAUGAUUCACACAAGUCCACUGCAUGGCGAUGAGUCAGAGUUGGCAUACACACAUUGGUUUAUACAGAUAGUACCUCAACUUAUCGGGACAGCGGGUUUCGAGCUCGCAACUGGAUGUUACAUAAAUCCAGUUUUCCCUGAGGAUGCUGCAAAGAUUCUAAGAGAAGUGAAUGUUUAAGAGUCAGAACAAAAAAGGUAGAAACAUACUGUUAACCUAGGGCCUGUUUGGAAGGAACUACAGUUUGAGGUCAUCAAUUACUGACAUAAAUAUUUGGGAAACUGUUUGAGAGAACCUAUGGAAACAACUUGUAUAAGUUGUUUUCAGUUUAUUUCCAUAAGCUUUUCAUGCUAGCCUAUGAAAGUAGCUUAUAACUUAUAUGAAAACAGUUUGACUUUAUUUUAUCUUUUUCUAUAGAAACAGCUUGUACAGAAGCACUUAUAUGAUAUACAUUCUUAUCUUUUUGUGCUAUGAAAGUAGCUUAUUCGAAAGAACCAAUCGGAUAAGCAUCGGUCAAAAUAGUUUCUUA